CCAGGCCGAAAAGUGGGCUCACGUCGACAAGCCAAGAUGGCGGCCGCAGUCGUCCGAGGUCUCGGCUCUGCUUUAGCUAAAAACCUCCGCGAAAUCCGAAUCCACGUCUGCCAAACCUCCGCCGCAAGCAAGGGGACGAGAGACUUUGUGGAGCAGCACUACGUGGACCUGAAGCGAGCCAACGCCGACUUCCCCAUCCUGGUCCGGGAAUGUUCCGGAGUGGAGGCCCGACUGUGGGCUCGUUACGAUUUCGGGAAAGAACGCAGCGUCUCCCUGGACAACAAGUCUGCCGAUCAGGUGGCCCAAAGUCUGCAAACUCUGGUUCGGUCUGAGCCGUGACGAACCUGCGACAACCAGCACCGGUCUUGUCAUGCGCUGAUGUGAAUUGUUGCUUGUUGAUGCAAAAAAGGAAUAAAAUACUGUCCAUGAA